AUGACGAGAGUGUUCUACUUCUAUGACCACAACGUUGGAGAGUUUGACUACGGGUUUGGACAUCCGAUGAAACCCCUUCGAAAUAAGUUGGUGCACCAUUUGAUCAUGUCAUAUGGUGUCUAUCAAAGACUGAACAUCUACAAACCUUGGAGAGCUACAAAUGAACAACUCGAGAUGUUCCAUUCAAAGGAAUAUAUCGAGUUUCUUCAGAGAGUCACCCCAAGUAAGGCACUGUUGCCUUACUUCAGAAGAUCGUUGGAAGAAUUCAACUUCACUGUCGAUGACUGCCCCGUCUUUGAUGGCCUGUACCCGUUUGUCCAAACGGUAGUUGGGAGCACGAUUGGGUGUGCGAUGAAAAUCAACGAGCGUGCUGCGGAUGUAUGCAUCAAUUGGUCAGGUGGGCUUCAUCAUGCGAAGAAGUCGCAAGCGUCUGGGUUUUGUUACAUCAAUGACAUAGUCUGUGGGAUAAUGGAACUGUUAAAAGUGCAUUCUCGUGUGUUGUACAUUGAUAUCGACCAUCAUCAUGGUGAUGGUGUUGAAGAAGCGUUCAAAGCGACGAAUCGAGUGAUGACGAUCUCUCUUCACAAAUAUGGAGACAAUUAUUUUCCAGGGACGGGUGAUGUCGAUGAGGUUGGGGUAGAAGAGGGGAAGAAUUAUUCCAUCAAUGUCCCAUUAAAGGAUGGGAUCAAUGAUGAAAGUUAUCAUAAAUUAUAUAUGCCUAUCAUAGAUCGUGCUAUGGAAGUCUUUCAACCGGGUGCCGUCGUUAUGCAAUGUGGGGCUGAUUCUUUGAAUGGUGAUCGGCUCGGCUUCUUUAAUCUAAGUAUACAAGGACACUGCGCCUGUAUGACUCAUGUCAAGAAAUUCGGUGUCCCUAUGAUCCUUGUGGGCGGGGGUGGGUAUACUGUUAGUAACACCGCAAGGUGCUGGUGCUAUGAGACAGCCGCAGCUUGUGACUUGAGUAUCCCCGAUCAGAUCCCAAUCAACGACUAUCUCGAAUACUACGUGCCAGACAUGCGAAUCACGAUACCCACAAGCGCACAAAUGAAGAAUUGUAACUCGCGUAAUUAUUGUGAAGACAUACUUGGGAAGGUGUUGAGUGUACUUGAUGAGGUUGGUAACUCGAAUUUGCCGAUCAUGCAGUUUGUGAACCCCCCACGACGUGAUGAACACACCGUGGAUAUGGAAAUAGACGAGGACGCAGAAACAUAUCAAGACGCUUGUGAGGGAUUCAAAAGAGACAUCCCAAUGAAUAUGGAUAACGAGGAUGUGGUUAAGUUCUUCACAGAGCCGUUACCAAUAUACCCAAAGUCAAAGCUCUUCUGCACAGAAAGCGACUUGAAAACUAUGGAAUGA